GUGUGGACGCCGACACGCGUGUCGCGCCCCGCCGGGGCGGCACGUGGCGCUGUCAGCCCAAAGGCACGGCCCCUGAGCGGGGAGAGGAAGGGGGUGGAAGAGUUGGCUCUUCGGUCCAUGAUCAACGCCCGGGAAGGGACCGUGUUCACACCCUCGGCUGCUGUGAUGGAGGAGCAUGUAAAUAUGGACAAUGAAACUGCCAUUAAUCAGACUAAACUGCAGCUGCAAGUACACGCAAGCGAGGAAGAGGAGGAGGAGGAGGAAGAAUCAGAUUCCUAGUGUGCAGAUGCUGCUGUCAGGCCAGUUUUUUAUCACGGACUCAGAAGCCUCCCUUGGCUCGAUUAAACUUUGUGUGGUGCUACAGAGACUAAACUACAAUCAGAAAUGCCACUCAGCUUCCCGCAAGCUUCCAAAGGUGGUAAUAAAUUGCGGGGGUGGGAGGGGGGCUUGCAAAAAGACAGUAUUGAAGCCUAAGUAUGUAGCGUGAGUUGUUUAUAGAGCAGACGUAUGUUUCAAAACAAGUAGCAAUUUGGGAAAUGCAGCUUUUGGAGCAAUAAUCUGUCCAUGAAACAUCCACUGCCUGGUGGAAAAGGGCUGGAAAGUUGUCAGUUCUGUGCCAGUGAUUUUACUGAACCUCCUAGAGAUAAAUUGCACAAAAGUAAUGAAAAACGUCGUUUACAGUUCUUUGCAUGUGGCUGUGAUAUAUUAGACACCUUUAUUCUGGUUGGUUUUGGCCUGUUUUAUGAAACUUGUAUGGAAUACAAAUACGUUUUGUUUACAAUGGGUAAUAUUAAAAAUAUUUCAUUAGUGGGCA